AUCAUCUCAUCUCAUCUACUCUACUCUCCUCUUCAUUCACUCUUUAAUACACACUUCAGUCACUCCUUCGACUACAAACCAACUACAACUUUUAAUCUCAAGAUGCCUUCCAACAUCAUUUCCCAGCUCGAGGUCAUCAGCCGUGAGACCGGUUGCCUCCUCGACGUCUCUACCCUCAUCGACCUGAGCAUCUGCCCUACCCUCGACAUCAUCACCAAGAAGCCCAACAAGGUCGAGGCCAAGGACAAGUACAUCACUGUCACCCCCACCACUCCUCAGAAGUCGGUCCACUACCGCCGAGGAUGCAGCACCGACAACUGCUACCAGGUUCCUGAGAAGGUGUGCAAGAAGAACACUGUCAUCCACGACAUCCAGAUGCUUGUUCUCCUCGGCCUUCUCAGCAAGGAGGAUCUUGAGAAGUACCUCCACAUCACUGGUGAGCUCCCUGAGAGCGAGCACAUCGACGAGGACAAGGAUGGCAUGACCGUCGACCCUCUCCUUGGUCUCGACGUCGGCGAGGAUGGCUCCCUGGCUGAUCUCAAGGUCGGCGGCAAGGAUGGCCUCGUGAACCUCAACCUUGGCAAGAACAAGGAUGGCAAGCCUCCUCUGGCCAACCUCAACCUCCUCGGCCCCGAUGGUCUUCUCCGCCUUGACCUCAACGGCAAGCCUCUCAUCGAUCUCAAGCGCCGAUCCGACCGCCUCGUCGAUGUCGAUGUCGGUGGCAAGAAGGAUGCCGAUCAGGCUACUAUCGACGUCGAUGUUCUUACCCACGCCCGACGCAGCGACCGCCUUCUUGACGUCGACGUCGGCGGCAAGAAGGAUACCGACCAGGCCACCAUCGAUGUCGAUGUCGCGACCCACAAGCGCCGUGGUCUCCUGGAUGGCCUUCUGGGCAAGGAUGGCGUUGUGCCUGGCCUUUUGGACGGUCUCCUGGGUGAGGAUGGCCUGGACCUUGAAGAUCUCCUGGACCUCGACGUUGGUGGCGAGGCCGAUGAGGAUGAGGCAGCCAUCGAUCUCGAUAUCCUGACCACUCCCAAGGACAAGGAUGGUGAGAACGGCAAUGGCAACGGCGGCAACAACGGCGGAAACGGCAAUGGUUCUAACAACGGAGGCAACGGCAAUGGCUCGAACAACGGCGGUAACGGCAACGGAUCUGGCAAUGGAAGCGGUAACGGCUCCAACAACGGAGGCAACGACAACGGCAGCGGCAACGGAUCUGGUAACGGAUCGGGCAACGGAUCUAACAACGGUGGCAAUGGAAACGGGUCCGGAAACGGCAACGGAUCCGGCAACGGAAGUGGUAACGGCUCUGGUAACGGAUCUGGCAAUGGAAGCGGCAAUGGCUCUGGAUCUGGCAACGGUUCUGGCAGCAACAACGGCCAUGGAACUCCUAGCUACGGCCCCGGAUCUCAGUACAGCAAGAAGGACCUCAGCAGCCACUACCAGCCCAUCUGCAACAAGGGCUUCAAGAAGGAGUACAUUACCCGCACCAAGCAGGAGCACGCCAACGACGUCAACCACUGCCUCGCCAUCUGCCAGGCUCAGGGCGCUCUCCAGACCAUCCACUCCGGCACCAAGCGCGGUGACAUCGCCCACAUCCUCGUCUGCGCUGCCAUCCAGUUCGACCAGACUGCCGAGAGCGGCAACUGCCACUACAUGGUCGCCCCCGAGACUGAGCCCUGCGAGGAGGAGUACCUCGAGGAGAAGAAGGACUGUUACUCCUUCAUCCGCAACUAA